UUAGAGCACUGCGGAUUUGAAGCAGCAUUGGACGAAGCCCUCCGAAGCCCGCAAAUGAUUCGCCGUGCACUGUCCACCGGAGCAGCAGUGGCAGCACCGGCCGCCCGAUCACGCCUUCGACGGGAGAUUCCAGCAGCAAUCAAACUUACAGACGAAGCCGCCGCGCGCAUCAAAGAGUUGAUGGCGAAUCAACCAGACGCGAUUGGCAUUCGGCUCGGUGUUCGGACGCGAGGAUGCAGUGGCUUGUCGUACACGAUGAACUACGCAACAGAGAAGCAAAAGCUGGACGAAGAAGUGUCUGACAAGGGCGUGAAGGUGUUCAUUGAGUCGAAAGCGCUAUUCCACGUCGUCGGCACUACAAUGGACUACAAAGUACUCCAGGCCGCAGCCUUACCGUCACCUCAAGCCAUCAUGUUCUCACUCGUGAAAUUCGUAGAUUACGCCCGUGUCGGCCGAGUUUACGUUUGAAAACCCCAACGCCAAAGGCACUUGCGGAUGCGGCGAGAGCUUCAACGUGUAAACCUCGAUUUAUGAUAGAAGAAACUAGAUUACAAUUUCGCCUUGGGUUUGACCGAAACUUUGGCCACGAUGACCGUGACGUCGUCGGGUUUGAGGUUGUGCGAGAGGGAAGCUUCGACAACAGCAUCGGCGGCUUCUUUCGUGGAAUUGCACGAGCUUACGACGCUCACGAGGGAGUCGAUGCGGCCGUGCCAGUAUCGCCGCCAAGAAAUAACAGGCUACGCAUUGGGAUGAGAGGAGUUGAUGUUGCCUUUCGAAAAUGUACCGGAAAGAAAG